AUGCCCCGAGCUGGCUCCGAGAGGAGGGCGGAGGGCGCGUGGCAGCGCUCCGUGCGACCCUCCUCGGACGGGAGCCAGGGCGCAAGGCGAAGGACCGCGGAGAAAGGUCGCAAUCGGGUGAAGAGGGCUGGUACCAGCUCCGAGGUGGACGAAACCGUGCAAGCCCGCGAGGUCAAGCGGACAAUGGCGGGUUGCCGCGUGUCGGCCGUGUUCGUGAACUCCUGCGACUCUCUCGGGAUCGCCACGGCCUUCAUGGAGGCCGGCGUGCCCCACGUGAUCUGCUGCAACGGCCAGAUCUUCGACGGCGCGUGCAAGAUCUUCACGCGGGGCUUCUACCGCAGCCUCGGCAUGGGCCGCUCCAUCUACGCCUCCUUCGAGCACGCGCGCGAGGCCGUGGCCUGCUCCCCGCAGGUGGGCCUGCGCGCGGAGGCCAGCAAGUUCCAGCUGCUGCCCCGCCAGGAGGAUCUCUUCUACUACCAGAUCUCGCUGUCGAGCGUCUCCAAGCACCACCUCAACGACCUGCGGAAGCUCACCACCGUCAAGCGGGAAGACCGCAUCGCGAUGCCAGACGAG